AUAGAAAAUUUCAAAUUUUUCAGCUCGAAAGUGUAAAAUACAAGUAAAUUUACUGUGUAUUUUUUAUCUGAAACCGUUAAAAACCAUCCGGAAGUUUGCAGAAGGACGGCGAAAAUUCAGCGGAUGUUAACAAAUAUCAUAUUUAAUAGCGAGUAGAUAAGUAAUCGCACGCGUUUGUGUUUGGCAGGUGUCGUCUAUAUUGUCUGCUGGUAGUGUAACAGGUGGGGUGACGUCACAAAAAAACAUAUUGCUGACGUUUCAUAAUGUUAAAAUAAGAAUUUCUCUCAUCUACGGAACAUUGAAAUGAAAUUCUUGUAAUGCAAGAACUGUAAUGAUUUUCAAAAACAUGAUUUUAUUCACUUAAUAUAUGAAGAUAACAAAAUGUUUAUAACAAAGUGUAUCACUUUAUUAAUGUGUUUAUGCAUAGUAACGAGCAUACCAAACAAAGAAAGCAAAAAACAGAAGAUUACAAACUUAGACUAUGUGAAAGAAAGCAGGCUUGACAGGCCUCAAAAUAUAACUGAACAACAACAACAACAACAACAGACUAACAGCACGAUUAAAAUGACAACAACACAAUCCACAGCUAAAACAGAAAAUACUACAGACCGUGGAACUACAACAAUAACUUCUAGCCAAAAGAAUUCGAGUAACAUUGCACCAAACAACAGCAUCAAAGUUUCUAGGAUUUAUGACUAUGCAAUUCUUUCUUGGAUGAAAGAUAGCUAUGUUAUGAGCUUUGUCAUUCCCAUUGCUGCUGGUAUAGGCAGUGCCAUUGUUUUGCUCAUCAUCGUUAAUUUGGGACGAUGCGUCAGAAACAGAUGUCAAAGACGUCGUCGUAAGAAAUUUUCAAAUGAGUCCAUUAGAAAAAUGAAUUUGGCUGAUAGAAUGAAGCUUCUAGCGGAAACUUCAGAUGAAGAGUUUUGAGAACAGAAAUUUAUGUCGUUGUGUUUCAUGUAAAAUUCAAUAUAUAAAUGAAUGUAACUUGUAAGAAAAUUUUUAAGUGUAAUGUCAACAUUUAAUAACAUUUUAUCUGAAUAAAAAUAAGUAAACAUUGAUAUGAAAA